CAUCUGGAAAAUGGCCGCCCCCUGUUAGACGUGUUUUACUGAUCCCACACAUGAUCACAGCCCUCAACAUGAUAUUUUCACUGUAUUCUUCUCAGUUUGUUUACAAGACAAUCUUUUGUAGGCGUAUUUUGGACUUUAGAAUCCUUCGAACAAGACUGAGGAACCAGGGCAAUCAUACAACAUGCACAAUUUUAAGACACCGCUGGAUGAAAAAUGUACCAGUGUUUUCUCAAAACAACACUACAACGAUGUUCAGUACGCAACCUGAAAAGGAACAUUUUGACAUGUCUGAGUUCCCAGUGGAGAGGAUCCGGAACUUUAGCAUCAUUGCUCACAUCGACCACGGGAAGAGCACGUUGGCGGACCGGCUUCUGGAGAUGACGGGGGCCAUAGCCAAGACAGAGAGGAACAAACAGGUGUUGGACAAGCUGCAGGUGGAGAGAGAGAGAGGCAUCACGGUUAAGGCUCAGACUGCCUCUCUGUUCUACACACACCAAGGACAGACCUACCUGCUCAACCUCAUAGAUACUCCAGGCCAUGUGGAUUUCAGUUACGAAGUCUCAAGAUCGAUUUCUGCAUGUCAGGGAGUUUUGCUGAUUGUUGACGCCAACCAGGGAAUUCAAGCGCAAACAGUGGCUAACUUCUAUCUAGCAUUUGAAGCUCAACUGACAAUCAUUCCUGUUAUUAACAAGAUUGAUUUGAAAAAUGCAGAUCCAGAGAGAGUAGAGAAGCAGAUUGAGAAGGUGUUUGAUAUUCCACGUGAGGAAUGUAUUCGGAUUUCAGCCAAACUCGGCACCAACGUGAACCAAGUGUUACAGGAAGUCAUUGUUAGAAUCCCACCGCCCACAGCCAGGACAGAGGAGCCAUUCAGAGCACUGGUGUUUGACUCCAACUUUGACCAUUACCGGGGGGUGGUUGCGAACAUCGCUGUGUUCGGAGGGCAGGUCAGUAAAGGGGACAGGAUCGUGUCGGCAUAUCUGGGGAAAACCUACGAGGUGAACGAGCUGGGAAUCUUGAGGCCAGAGGAGAGCCCGACAAGCACACUGUAUGCAGGGCAGGUGGGCUACAUGGUAGCAGGCAUGAAGGAGGUGAAGGAAGCCCAGAUUGGUGACACGCUCUACAGCCUCAAACAGCCCGUGGAGGCCCUGCCAGGGUUCAAGCCCGCCAAGCCCAUGGUGUUUGCUGGGAUGUAUCCUGUGGACCAAUCAGACUACAGUGCCCUCCGUAGCGCGGUGGAGAAACUGACCCUGAACGACUCCAGCGUCACGGUGAAGAGAGACAGCAGUCUGGCGCUGGGGGCAGGCUGGAGGUUGGGCUUCCUGGGUCUGCUCCACAUGGAGGUGUUCAACCAGAGGCUGGAGCAGGAGUACAACGCCUCGGUCAUCGUCACGGCGCCCACUGUGCCCUACCGAGCCGUCCUGUCAUCGCCCCGCCUCAUCAAAGAGCAUGGGGCGCAGGAGAUCACCAUUGUCAGCCCGGGUCAGUUCCCGGACAGGAGCGUCAUCAGUGAGUACCGGGAACCCAUGGUGCUGGGAACCAUCAUCGCCCCCGACGACUACAUCAGUAGGAUCAUGAGCCUCUGCCUGAAUCGCAGAGCCCUGCAGAAGAACAUGGUGUACAUCGAUGAACACAGAGUCAUGAUGAAGUACCUGUUCCCGCUCAAUGAGGUGGUGGUGGACUUCUACGACCUUCUCAAGUCCAUGUCCUCAGGCUACGCCAGCUUUGAUUACGAGGAGGCAGGUUACCAGGCAGCUGACCUCAUCAAGAUGGACAUUCUGCUGAACGGACGACCAGUAGAGGAACUCACCACUAUAGUACACAGAGACAAGGCGUACAGCGCAGGCAAGGCCAUGUGUGAGCGCCUGAAAGACUCCAUCCCCAGACAGAUGUUUGAGAUCGCAGUUCAGGCGUCCAUCGGCAGCAAGGUCAUCGCAAGAGAGACGAUAAAGGCUUUCCGGAAAAACGUGCUUGCCAAAUGUUAUGGGGGUGAUGUAACUCGAAAAAUGAAGCUGUUGAAGAAGCAGGCUGAGGGGAAGAAGAAGAUGAGACGCAUUGGCAACGUGGACGUUCCCAAAGACGCCUUCAUCAACGUGCUGAAGAGGAAGGACAAGUAGAGGACCAAUACAAUACCAGUGCCCUGUUGUUAUUUAUUGACAUAUAGAGUAGCUCCAUGCUACCGUUACAACUGUAAAUAGUUAAAGUUGUACAUUUUAUUAAAGGUUGAACCAUUGUUUGGUUAAAUACUUGU